AUGAACGUCCAAAUCGAAGAUGACCACAGCAGCGACGAGGAGAGGGCAAAUCUGCAAGACACAUAUCACAGCGUAAAGAAGCCGGAGCGGCUGACUUUGGAGUGGCCAACUGCGAAGGAUGAAGAAGUACCUUCUGAAGCUUGGGACUACAAUGUAGCACGCCACCGCUCCGUUCGGAUUGAAGCCGGUGCUACGAAAUCUCACGAGACCCAUCGUCACAAAAUUCGGCGCCGCCCUUCUCGGAAAUACGUUGAAGACAAGUCUCCAAAGCCAUCGCAAGAUGCAGACCAGGAUUCUGACGAUGUUCUUGACGACUACUAUGGAGGAGCUCCUAUCACGUCAAUGCAUAUCCAGCCCGCGAUGCCAGGUCGACCUCUACCGGAGUUCUCGGGCGGCGAGUCCCUUUACAGACCUUUAAGAAUGCGCUCUGCUUCCAGGCCGUCUCCAUAUCAAUCCGCACAACCGCAUCCACUUCCCCACUCUAGACCCUCACGAAUGCAUCCUCCGCCCAACCCUUUUAUGGAAUAUGAUGAUGGGCCUCCUUCGCCCUCAGCGUUCGGCCCGCCUCCUUCCCGGCCUCUAAGUAGACCACCCUCCAUGGGCUUUAUGUCGCCACCGGAAACCAGGCUCCGCUUCUCGUCAACACCGUUCUAUCGCCAAUCAUACGAUAAUCGUCCAACCCGGAUGCCGGAUACGACCACGAUUCGAGUCGCUCCUCCGCAUCAUACAGGCGGUCUUUGGGAUCGUGCCGCUGUUCGUCAGCUGCCUGGAGUACUGAAGCUAAACUUGAAGCUCGUCCUCACUCGCAAAGGGGAAAGGUACAAAGGCCGCCCGUUCUCAUACGAGACACACUCUUGGGACGACGUGGACUUCGCUCAUCGAUUGCGGAAAGAAUACAGGAGUCUCAAAACCGAGCAGAUUGGUCUGAUGCAGAAGGCGACUUCCUACAAAACCAUCAGCUUCAUCUAUUUCCUCCAGUACCAUGCUUUCCAGGACCCGGGGUACAGGUCUGGCAGAUGGGAAAUCACCGAUCGUGUUCCUAUUGUGCCGCGAGAAGAUGAGAAAGCAAGAAGUUUCUUUAUGUAUCAGUUCAAACGACGAGUACAGAAGGUCUCGAAGCUCUUUAGCACUCUCUCCGACAAGAAGCCUCCUCCUCCGAAGCGGUCGCGAGAUUGGAUACGACGACUUGAAUUUCUGAUCGAGCCGGGAGCUGUCAUCGAUAUCGAAGUCAAGGAAACGUUUGAUUCCAUGAAGAUCUAUCUUGGGCUACUGCUCGCGGUGCUGCUAAGUCUUGGGGUUGCUCUUGCUUAUGGUCUCGUAAAGGACAACGACUUCUCCACCGGUUUCUCGAUCGCUAGCUGGCUGUUGACCGCAUUUGGUUUCUUCGCGGCGGUCGUCGCCGCGGGCGAGUACCUUGGACUGGAGAGUCCCACUGCGACGCUCUCAGCGGCAGAAGAGUUGCGACCAGGAAGAAUCAGCCGCGAGCUGUUGGACCAUGGGAUGUACACGCAACGAGACUGA